UCUUGUUCCACAUUUACUACCACCCGAGGUGGCAUGGCCCCCAAGCCGUGGAGUGAGUGGAGCACGACCCUGUCCCACCUAGCGCUGGGAGUGGUGUCUCUGCACGCAGCGGUGAGCACUGCCCAGGCAAGUCGAGGGGCCGCUGCUGGCUUCCUGCUCCAGGCCUUGGCCUCUGCCACCUUGCUGGCCCCAGGGCUGGGCACAGAUGAAGACUGUCUUGCUGGAGCCUGGGUGGCCACUGUCAUCGGCCUGCCCCUUCUGGCCUUCGAUUUCCACUGGUGUACUAACGGUCACUUGAUGUGCGCUGGCUGUUUUAUCCACCUACUAGCAGAUGCCCGGCUGAAGGAGGAGCAGGCCACGUGCCCUAACUGUCGUUGUGAGAUCAGUAAGAGCCUCUGCUGCCGCAACCUGGCUGUGGAGAAAGCCGUGAGCGAGCUGCCCUCCGAGUGUGGCUUCUGCCUGCGCCAGUUUCCCCGCUCCCUCCUGGAGAGGCACCAGAAAGAGGAGUGCCAGGACAGGGUGACCCAGUGCAAAUAUAAGCGCAUCGGCUGCCCGUGGCAUGGCCCCUUCCACGAGCUGACGGUGCAUGAGGCUGCGUGCGCCCACCCAACCAAGACGGGCAACGAGCUGAUGGAGAUCCUAGACGAGAUGGACCAGAGCCACCGCAAGGAGAUGCAGCUCUACAACAGCAUCUUCAGCCUGCUCAGCUUUGAGAAGAUCGGUUACACAGAGGUCCAGUUUCGGCCAUACCGCACAGAUGACUUCAUCACGCGCCUGUACUACGAGACGCCAAGGUUCACGGUGCUGAACCAGACGUGGGUCCUGAAGGCACGCGUGAACGACUCGGAGCGGAACCCCAACCUGUCAUGCAAGCGCACACUCUCCUUCCAGCUCCUCCUCAAGAGCAAGGUCACGGCGCCCCUGGAGUGCUCCUUCCUGCUGCUCAAGGGCCCGUACGAUGAUGUAAAGAUCAGCCCCGUCAUCUACCACUUUGUCUUCACCAACGAGAGCAACGAGACGGACUACGUGCCACUGCCCAUCGUCGACUCUGUGGAGUGCAACAAGCUGCUAGCCGCCAAGAACAUCAACCUGCGGCUCUUCCUGUUCCAGAUACAGAAGUAGGCGGCGCCGUGCUGCCCGCGCCUGCCCCGCAGCGGCCUCGCAGUGCCGUCUGACCGUUUUAGCAGAGGAGAAGGAACAGAUGCAAACAUUGGGAAGGUCUGCAUGCGUGUGCGAAGGUGUGAGUGCUCUCACCUCGCCCUCCGCCCCGCCUCCCCUGUCCCAGGCACCGGAGGCCGGGCCACCUGCAGAGGAGACGGUGGCUCAGGGACACGAUGGGGCUAAGCCCGUGGCCAUGCCCUGGCCCCCG